AUGCGGCUAGUGUCGUCAUCCAUCGAGCGUAGGACGGGUGAGGGUCUUGCAAAACUCGAACCAGAGGAGCCCGAAGACAUGUGGCAUGCAUACAACCUGAUCAAGGAAAACGAUCUCGUAGAGGCGAUGGCUGUACGGCGAGUCACCAAGACUUCCGACUCAGGAUCGACGUCGACCAAACGUGUAAAACUCAAGAUGACAAUAAAGGUCACGUCAACAUAUUUUGAUCCUGGCUCUGGACAGCUACACGUAUCAGGCCAGGUGGCGAAGGAGCUGGAAGAGGUAAGACUUGGAUCACACCACACCAUCGAUCUGGAGCUUCAUCGCGCAUUUUCGAUCGAAAAGGCAGAUGGGUGGGAUAGUGUUGCAUUGGACUUGCUCAAGGAAGCGUGCAGCAUUGAGCGAAAGGCUGAGCUAUGGGCUGUCGUUCUGGGUGGUGAGGGCACGGCAAAUAUCUGUAUGAUUACGGAACACCAGACGAUUCUACGGCAGCGUAUUGAGGUCGCAGUGCCACGGAAGCGCAGAAACGGCGUGGACGGCCACAGCAAAGGCAUGGAUAAUUUCUUUGCCACAACUCUCUCGACUCUCCUCCGCCACGUCGACCUCUCAAACACCGCAAGCAAAGACCAGGGCAAGGCUCUGCCACUGCUACUAGCGAGUCCCGGGUUUGUCGCCCAGAGCUUCCUCCAAUACAUGAAGGCAGAAGCUACGCGGACCACAAACAAGCAGCUGCUUGCCUUCAUACCCUCCGUCGUCGUUGCACAUGCCUCCUCCGCGCACGUACACGCCCUCAGCGAUAUCCUGUCUUCACCAGCCAUCACCACCAAGCUUUCAGAUACGAAAUACGCGCGCGAAACGGCGCUAAUGGACAAGUUCACAACCAUGAUGCGCCUCGACGAUGGUAGAGCGUGGUACGGCCCGCGAGAAGUGGAGCUUGCAGUCGACAAGGGCGGUGUAGGUCGAGGUGGCGGUAUUUUGAUGAUCAGCGACGCGUUAUUCCGGGCACAAAAUAUCACAGAGCGACGGAGAUGGGUCAAGCUCGUUGAUCGCGUACGAGAGGUAGAAGGCGGCGAGGUCAGGGUGUUCAGCUCGCUUCACGAAAGCGGGAAGCGGCUGGAAGGCCUAGGCAAUGUUGCUGCCAUCCUAACGUACCCGAUCGAAGACCUAGAUGAGGAGGACGACGUACAAGUCGAUGAUGACGGCGAAGGUGACAUGAUUAUCUAA